UGUCUCUGUUCAGUCGAGGGGAUUUUGAAAAAGAGUUGGUCGUUUCGAUGUAGGGCAUGCUAUGACCGCUUCAUUACUCCUCCACUCGCACUGGAUUGACCCGGUGAUGUUUCUCUAUGACAACGGCUUGGAUGAAAGGAGCAAGAACAUGGAAGGAUUUACUGGAGGCAAUUUUGCUGCAAACCAGUGCAGGAAUUUGUUAGCGCAUCCAACCUCGCUGGCUCCGAGCACCACCUACACUGCGAGUGAGGUGCCAGUCUCUGGCAUGGGGGAGCCUGGCAAACAAUGCAGCCCCUGUUCUGCCACUCAGAGCUCGCCCAACGCAUCUUUGCCCUAUGGAUAUUUUGGCAGCAGUUAUUACCCAUGUAGGAUGUCACACGGCAGCGUCAAGGCUUGCGCGCAGCCCUCAGGUUAUGGUGAUAAAUACAUGGAUUCGCCGGUCUCUGGUGAAGAGUUCUCAACCAGAGCAAAGGAAUUUGCGUUUUAUCAGGGCUAUUCUUCAGGUCCAUACCAGCCCAGCUACUUGGACGUCCCUGUCGUCCCUGCGCUGAGUGCUCCAGCUGAGCCAAGACACGAGUCUCUGUUGCCCAUGGAGCCCUAUCAGCCGUGGGCCAUCACCAACAGCUGGAGUGGUCAAGUUUACUGCACCAAAGAGCAGCCACAGUCAAAUCCUCUGUGGAAAUCCUCCUUACAAGACACUAUAUCUGGUGGAGACAGCGCUAUCCGCCGUGGGAGAAAGAAGCGUGUGCCAUACACCAAGGUGCAGCUCAAGGAACUGGAAAGGGAGUACGCCGCCAAUAAAUUCAUCACCAAGGAUAAAAGGAGGAGGAUAUCUGCCCAGACAAAUCUGACAGAGAGACAAGUGACAAUCUGGUUUCAGAACAGGCGCGUAAAGGAGAAGAAAGUCGUCAAUAAAUUCAAGAGUUCCAGUUAGCUCUGGAGAUACUGAAACAGGAGGUGAAGGGCGGACAUGGAUGUGCCUUCACCCAAAAAAAAACACUCUCCUAUAAUUUAUUAUAUUAUAUGAACGGUUCCUUUUGUCGCCAGAGCGACUCUGUUUAGACCUACACAUUUCUUUCCUCACAUUUUAAUUGGAACCAGUCGAUGCGGCCUGUUGACAGAAGUUAGGAAAUGGGUUGCAACACGUUGACCAGGGCGAUCCUUUAAGGGGAUGCAUGAUCUCCUUCAAAUGUUCACCAAACAGCAAGACAUUGUGCCCUGAAGGCAUGAGGACACCCGGAGCCAAUCCUGCGCCUUUACUCCACCGAAUCCAGUCCAGAAAUGAAGACUGAAACCCUUGGAAUCAGUUCAGUUUUCCUCUUCACUGACAGUGGUAAAGAAAUUGGUGGCUAAACUUUCACCUUCAGUCUGUGAUCAUCACUUUGCGGACUGGCAAAUUUAAACAAGUAAUAGAAAACGAAUCACAAAUGAUAUUUUCAGCAUUUAUUAAAAAAAUAAAAUAAAAUAUCUCUCCACGCAUAAGCAAUAGAAGCCUAAAACACCUCGUGGGUGUAUGCAAAAUUAAAUUCUUUAGAAAAACUCUUUCCUACAGCUUGGGAGUUUUGAAAAUAGAGUUUACAUCCCUGCAUUUGGAAAUCCAGAUUUUCCAUUUUAAAAAGCUUCCAUCGGUUAGUUAAUCUGCCAGUAUGAGAUGAAAUGCCAGCAAACGUCAAACUGGCCUGAGCGGAUCCGUUUUGCCACUUAGUCCACAUCACGGUUUUUCUCUAAACGCAGGUUUUUGUUUUGUUUCUUUUUUUUGUUUUGUUUUUGCUCAGAGUGAUUUUGCGUAACGGUGUUUAAAAUGUAGGCACAUUUAAACAUGUAAAUACUAUCUGAAUGAAACUAUCUAUUCUCCCUUUUCUGACUGCAAUAGCCACAGUUUUUGACAAUAAAUGUUUGAGAGACGCAAA